AUGGCAGACGUGGACCUGGAGUCCCUAAACAGGGGCUCGAGGCCCACGUUUGUCACCUCUCGCUGUCAAUGUAUCAUUGACGUAACCAUGUGCACCCGCCGGCUGGCGGGGCGAUGCGGGAACUGGAGGGUGGACCGGGAGGACACACUCUCCGACCAUCGACGCAUUAGAUUUAGCAUUAAGGGCUGUGCCAAACUACAGCAGGAUCGCCUGCGCAGAAACCCAAGGGCCACCGACUGGGACUCCUUUGAGAGAAACCUGGAGGAAAGGCUCAGGGUAGGACGCGUAAGACCCUGCAAGGAGGACAGGUUGGAGGACGAGGUGGAGAAAAUCCACGUUGCCCUAACCGAGUCCUUCCUGAUGGCAUGCCCGGCUAAACGAUGCAGGCAAGGAAACAAAGUGCCCUGGUGGAGUCGUGAGCUAGACAGGCUGAGAAGCCAGUCCAGGAGACUCGGGAAUCGAGCGCACAAAUCAAAGAGAGCCGAAGACUGGACUCUGAACAGAAAUGUGCAGAGGGAAACAUACUGGGAGGAACUGGAGGCGCUUUCAAGCAUCUCCAGGCUUCGCAGGGUCUUCUCGGGGGGCCCUGCACAAAGGCUGGGUGGAAUCACGCUGACAAGCGGAGAGACCAUCACAGAACCGCGAGAGGUCCUUGAGCAUUUGAUUCGUGCGCACUUUCCGGACUCUACUAUAGAGCUCCCUGGAGAGUGCCCCGAGGUGGACUGGACGCAAACAGAAAGCGGCGACCCCGACUGGGAGCUAGCCGCAAGAAUAGUAACGCUGGACAGGCUGCAAUGGGCGGUGGACUCCUUCGAAAUGUACAAGAGUCCGGGUCCGGAUGUGAUACAUCCGACCCUCUUGCGAAGAGGGGGCCCACUGCUCCUGCGCAGACUGAUACCCGCAUUUAGGGCCUGCCUAGCAUUGGGCUAUGUGCCCGGAGGUGGCGGGAAGUCAGGGUUGUCUUUAUCCCCAAACCGGACGCUGGAAAGGCUGGUCGACAGGCACAUUAAGGCGGGGGCACUGAGGUCUAACCAGAUAUGCACCUCACAACAUGCUUACCAAGCAGUGAUGCCAGAUGGGAAUUCCCACACGCUUCCCACUCCUCUCGGUUAG